AUGCGGUCUCAGCCGCUGGGGACGGAGGAAGACGGGGAAGGAGAGGGCAGCGGGGCCUCCGGCAGCAGCGAGGCUCGGCGGGGCCACCGGGACAGAGACGAGCCCAGGCGCGGCCAGGGGUUCCCCAACCUCGGCGCCUUCGGGGACAGACGCGCCCGGCGGGCGGGAGCACUGGAGGGGCCGCGACAGAGGCUUCACAGUCGGCGCGCUGCAGCUGUGGUGAGCGAGUCCCCGGUGCCCAGCGCCGGGGUCUCCUGGCGGCGAAGCGACGAGGCGCUGCGCGUGAACGUGGGCGGGGUGCGGCGGCGGCUGAGCGCGCGCGCCCUGGCGCGCUUCCCGGGCACGCGGCUGGGCCGCCUGCAGGCCGCGGCGUCGGAGGAGCAGGCGCGGCGCCUGUGCGACGACUACGACGAGGCGGCGCGCGAGUUCUACUUCGACCGGCACCCGGGCUUCUUCCUGGGCCUGCUGCACUUCUACCGCACCGGCCGCCUGCACGUGCUCGACGAGCUGUGCGUCUUCGCCUUCGGCCAGGAGGCCGACUACUGGGGCCUGGGCGAGAGCGCGCUGGCCACAUGCUGCCGCGCGCGCUACCUGGAGCGGCACGUGGCGCGGCCGCGCGACUGGGACGAGGACAGUGACACGCCGAGCAGCGUGGACCCGUGCCCCGACGAGAUCUCUGACGUGCAGCGCGAGCUGGCGCGCUAUGGCGCGGCGCGCUGUGGCCGCCUGCGCCGCCGCCUCUGGCUCACCAUGGAGAACCCGGGAUACUCGCUGCCCAGCAAGCUCUUCAGCUGCGUCUCUAUCGGCGUGGUGCUCGCCUCCAUCGCCGCCAUGUGCAUCCACAGUCUGCCCGAGUACCAGGCCCGCGAGGCGGCGGCCGCCGUGGCUGCGGUGGUCGCGGGCCGCAGCGCGGAAGGCACGCGCGACGACCCGGUGCUGCGGCGCCUCGAGUACUUCUGCAUCGCCUGGUUCAGCUUCGAGGUGUCGUCGCGCCUCCUGCUGGCGCCCAGCGCGCGCAACUUCUUCUGCCACCCGCUCAACCUCAUCGACAUCGUGUCCGUGCUGCCCUUCUAUCUCACGCUGGUGGCUGGCGCGGCGCUCGGCGACCAGGGCGGCGCGAGCGGCGAGGAUCUCGGCGACCUGGGCAAGGUGGUGCAGGUGUUCCGCCUCAUGCGCAUCUUCCGCGUGCUCAAGUUGGCGCGUCACUCCACCGGGCUGCGCUCCCUGGGUGCCACGCUCAAGCACAGCUACCGUGAGGUGGGCAUCUUACUGCUAUACCUGGCCGUGGGUGUGUCUGUGUUCUCCUGCGUGGCCUACACAGCUGAGAAGGAGGAGGAGGUGGGCUUUGACACCAUCCCGGCCUGCUGGUGGUGGGGCACAGUGAGCAUGACCACCGUGGGCUAUGGGGACGUGGUGCCAGUCACCGUGGCUGGCAAGCUGGCAGCCUCAGGCUGCAUCCUGGGGGGCAUCCUGGUGGUAGCGCUCCCCAUCACCAUCAUCUUCAACAAGUUCUCCCACUUCUACCGGUGCCAGAAGGCUCUGGAGGCCGCCGUGCGCAACAGCGACCACCGGGAGUUUGAGGACUUGCUGAGCAGCGUUGAUGGAGUGUCGGAGGCAUCUCUGGAGACAUCCCGCGAGACCUCCCAAGAGGGAAGGUCUGUAGACCUGGAGGCCCAGGCCCCCAGUGGGCCUCCACGCUCUCAGAUUUAUUAAAACCAGGGCUCCAUACCCGCCUUCCCACAUCCCUUCGGUCAGCUGCAACAGAGCAGAGAUUCCUCCCUUGCUUAAG